AUGAGUAGAGCUAAAGAGAUACAAGAAAAGUUGGCACUUAACGCUAAACUCCAAAUUGCACUGAACUCUAAUACAUCCAAAGUAUUAAGUUGGUUAGAUUCAGACAAGGAUGAUGAUAAUAAGAAAAGGCAGUCAGAUGAUGUUGACAAUGGAAAAGCAUAUACCAUCAAGGAUUUAGAAGACAGUAAAAAAAUGUUCUUCCAACUCCCUGUAGUACAGAUCGGUUCUGGUCUCAGUAUGGGUGAUAAUGACUCUGGGGAUAACGAAGGAAGUACUGAUAUUCAUACCAUUGGUGAAUUUGUGAAUAGUAAUAAGAAAAUCAGUAGUUUAGCAAAGAAGAAGAAAAGGUCGGAACAUUUAAAUGAGAGGAAUAAUAUUUAUAGAGUAGCAAAGGAUGAUACGAGAGCGAUGGUGGCAUUAAAGAAUAAAAUCAGAAGCGGAAGAAGGGAAGAUAUGAGGCGAAAUGGACCAAGUAGUAGCGCACAUAAUAAUACUUCCACAAGCAAUAACAAAGACUCUUCAAAAGGUACUAUGAUUGGUAGUGAUGGAGACUCUAGUGAUGACGACGGAAGCAGAAGGAUAGCGCACUCCAAGAAAUCUGUGAACUUACUAUUUAAUGGCAAAAAGAAAGGUCGUAAAUAA